AUGGCGACUGGAUAUUCGGUGGACGUGAUUGCCGGACCUGAGUCCAAGUCUGAUGCAACCAAAUCUGAGGUUCAAGACAGCGUUGGCCCACUCGAUGCCGAUCCCUCACGCGAGGUCUCGAAGAAGCGUCAAAGCUUGUCCGAUAUCUUUACAAUUUUCGCAAGCGGUUUUGCGCUGAUCAGUGAUGGAUAUCAGAACAACCUCAUGACCAUGACCAAUGUUCUUCUGAAGAAAGAAUAUCCAAAGGAGUACACAUCAACUGUGAGCACUCGUGUGUCUAAUGCGCUGCUGGUCGGUGAGAUUAUCGGUCAAGUUGUCAUUGGUUUGACUUGUGACUAUCUCGGUCGGAAGACCGCCAUCGUUUUUACUACACUCAUGAUUGUCAUCGGUGGAAUCCUCGCCACUGCAUCUCAUGGAGUUACCAUUGACGGCAUGUUCUGGAUGAUGACAGUGGCGCGUGGUGUAGUCGGUUUCGGUACUGGCGGCGAGUACCCUGCAUCGUCAACAUCGGCCUCGGAGUCUGCCAAUGACUUAAUGCCCAAGCACCGUGGCCCAGCCUUCAUCAUGGUGACCAACUUCCCGUUGUCUUUCGGUGGGCCAUUUGCGGUGUCGAUCUUUUUGAUCGUACUGAUAGCUUGUGGGCAGUCCCAUUAUAGUACCGUGUGGCGGGUAUGCUUUGGGAUUGGAUGUAUCUGGCCACUGUCCGUCUUCUACUUUCGAAUUCGGAUGUUGAACUCGGCGCUCUAUCGUCGUGGUGCUAUCAAGAGACAUGUUCCUUACAUGCUCAUUCUCCGGUACUACUGGAAAUCACUGAUCGGAACCUGCGGUGCCUGGUUCCUUUAUGACUUUGUCACUUUUCCGAACGGUGUCUUCUCAGGCACGAUCAUUUCAUCCGUGGUCAAGAAUAGUACAAUCCGCUCCACAGGCGAAUGGCAACUUCUACUCGGAGCAAUCGCCCUCCCAGGUGUCUUCCUCGGCGCUCUCCUUUGCGACCGCGUCGGACGCAAAAACAUCAUGAUGAUCGGAUUCAGCGGAUAUCUCAUCUUCGGAUUGAUAAUUGGCUGUGCCUAUGAUAAAAUUACCAAGAUCAUCCCGCUUUUCGUCGUCUUCUACGGACUAAUGCAGAGUUCCGGCAACUUUGGUCCUGGAAACAUGCUUGGUUUGCUCUCCUCUGAGUCGUAUGCUACCGGUGUGCGAGGAACGUGCUAUGGUCUCUCAGCCGCGGUCGGAAAGGCCGGUGCCGCCAUCGGAACGCAGGCCUUUACGCCUAUCGAAACUAACCUGGGCAAAAAAUGGACGUUCAUCAUUGCAGCUAUUUGUGGCGUUGUGGGUAUCUUGGUGACUUAUUUCUUCGUGCCCGAUCUCUCGGGUGAGGAUUUGCGAAUCCGCGAUGAGACAUUCCGUGCGUAUCUUGUUUCUAAGGGGUGGGACGGUGCAAUGGGUGAAGACGAUCUGCAGGCCGCUGCGGACCAGGGGAUCUCCCCAGCGAUUGCUCAUGAGAGCGCGCCCACCAAGAAGGGCUGA